GCAGCUCGAGCACAAAAUUCCAGUGGCAGAUCCAGGCCUGACUCCUACAGGCUCAGCAGACGCUCGUUCCGAUCAACACAGAUAGUCACCAUGAACUGCAAACUGGCGGUUGCCGUCUUCACUGUCCUUCUGGCUGCUCUGACCAUUACGGAGGAAAUGAGCAUGAGAGGCCUGGGAACGGAAUUGAGGUGCCGCUGCAUCCAAACCGAAAGCCAGCGCAUCGGCAGGCUCAUCGAAAGCGUGGAGAUCUUCCCUCCCAGCCAGCACUGCAAGGACACUGAGAUCAUUGCAACCCUGAAAGAGAAUGGACAGGAGAUCUGCCUGGACCCCAAUGCUCCCUGGGUGAAAAGGGUCAUGGAGAGAAUCCUGGCAAACAAAAAACCCUGAUGUGUAAAAGAAUUCUGAAUGGGAAGAAGACAAUUUCCUGACUGAUGUUAAAUAUGGGAAAACAUUGAGAUUUUACCAUCUAAAAACAUUACUUGCUUUGAUGUAUUGACAUUUCAUGUAUUUCAUCCCAUCUUCUUCCUGGCAUUUUAUCUAUGGAAAGUGCUAGAAUUAAUUAUUUCUGUUAGCUCUUAAACAUUAGGUCUGUACAUGAUCAGUUAAGAUCAUAAUGACGUUUGGCUAUGAUCAGCUGACCCGAUUUUGAGCAUAAAAGCACAAAAUGACUAAAUGUAAAAUGAAUAUAACACUUGGCAGGUUACAGGAAUAUUAUAGAGCCAGGUCGUAUAUAUGUAUUAUUUAUCACAUUGACAGAUAAAUAUCUGUCAAGCUGUUUUGUCAAAUUGACAUAUUUAUAUUUCAGGGUGUUAUGUGUCAAAUUGACAUGCCCGGUUGUUGAGCUUCAUUUUGCAUUCAGAAGAUUGCACUGAAUUUCAUUUCUUUGAAUGUUUUUUUUUCCUAUUUUUAUUAAUAUAAAUUAAAUUAAUGAUGGCUUUGUACUGUUUUGUAUGUAUCAACUUUGAAACUGUACCUACAAAUAAUCUUAAAACAAAUAAAAUUUGAUAUAAUCAAACAAGG